GCCAAAUUCGAAUUUGGCGUUGCUCAGUAACUUCCGGAAAUAGCUAACUAUGGAUUUCUUCAAACGUUCCAAGUUUGACAAGCUGAUUGAGAAGGCGACCAGUGAAAUGCUGAUUGAAUCUGACAUUGAGAGUACCAUUGCAGUUUGCGAUAACGUGCGUAGUCAAGAGAUUUCGCCUAAAUAUGCGGUCCAGUGUUUAAAGAAACGUCUUCAGUGUGACAACCCAAACGUCGUUCUACACUCAUUUGAUGUGCUGGAGUCAUUAAUGAAGAACUGUGGUACACCUGUUCAUGAAGAAGUUUGCAGCACUGACUUUAUGCAGCAGCUUGUUGGGAUGGUUGAUACAUCCCCAGACGUUCGUGCAAAGCUUCUAGAGUGUCUUCAAAAUUGGGCGUAUGUUUUUCGUGAUAAGCCUGGCUACGUUGCUGUGAUAGAUGCUUAUGAGAACCUUAAAAAAGCUGGCUACGUUUUUCCGGAGUUCUCAGAGAGUGCUGCUAUGUUCAGUGUAGUUUGUGCUCCAAGUUGGAAGGAAGGAAAUGCAUGCCAUCGAUGCAAGUCCGCAUUUACUACGUUCAGGCGUAAGCAUCACUGUCGUAAGUGUGGUCAAGUGUUUUGUGGUGAGUGUACCUCAUCGCGCGCCAUUCUGCCUGAAUUCGGCAUUGAGAAGGAAGUGCGUGUUUGUGAUUUGUGCUUUGAAUCAGUUAACAGAGGAUUGUCUUCUGCUUCAAAUAACUCUGAAGAUAAAAGGUCUGUGGAGAGGGAGAAUCAGCUUCGACGUGAGAAAGAGCGACAACUGGAACAGCAAGAAAACGAGGAUCUCGAAUUGGCUUUAGCCUUAAGUGCUAGCGAAGCAGAGUCGAAUCAGAGGAAUAAUCAAAUAAAGUCUACUAUCAACGACAAUAAACCUUCACCAUCAUCAGCAUCGCCAACAGUCGCUCACCUUCUCCCAGUUCUCGAUACAAGUGAAAUGGAUCCUGAGUUAGCGCAAUAUUUAUCUAAACAUUAUCAGAGAGCUAAUCCAUCAUCUACUCAGGAUGGCAUAUAUCAAGAAAAUUCUCAAGAACAUCUCAUGCUUCAACAGUCUACCACUCAGCCUAGCGCACCUAUAUAUGCUUCCAGUACACCAUCAGAUAAUGGUACGAUUUCUAUUAACACUCUCAAGUCCGGAGUGAAUAGUGAUUUUAAUGUACCAGGGAAAAGUCGAUCCAGUGAGAUAAAUCCAGCUAAUCCUAACGGUAAGACAGACCUCAACUCAUCGGAAAUCCCAGAUCUAACUAAUCCAAAACAAGAAGAGUUCCUUGAUGCUCUACGUGGUAGUAUCGAAUUUUUCGUAAAUCGUCUGCAGAGCAAUAGUCAAAGAGGACGUAAUAUUUCAAGUGACACAACAGUCCAAACAUUAUUUUUGACACUAAAUAAAAUGCAUCCACAAUUAAUGGACUACAAACACUACAUGGAGGAACGCCGAGCCUAUUUUGAGAAGAUGCAAGACAAACUUAACCAAAUUCGUGAAGCUCGUGAGGCUUUGGAUGCAUUAAGACAUGAUCACGCUGUUCGCAAACAAAUAGAAGAGCAAGAAGCUGCUCGUAUGCGUCAGUUGCAGAUAAUGCAGAAAUUGGAAGCUAUGCGACAACAGAAAAGAGACACUUUGGAGUACAAAUUACGUAUGACACUAAAACAAAAUAUGCAGUACCAACAAGAAUACGGAAUACCACAACAACCCUUACCGUACGGCGUCGAUUCAUUUUCUAGUGUACAAACUGUUGCACCUGGAGAAGGUUACCCAACUAAUUAUACUUUGCCUUAUAUAUCUGGAAUUAAUUACGCAUCAUUUCCACCUGUUCCGAACGGUUACCUACCAAGAGACAAUAGGGUUUAUGCCACACAAUUUCCAGAUCCGAAUUCACUUGUCCCCACUCAAAGUGGUGCUAGUAGACCUAGUUAUAACAUGUCAUACACACCACAAUUUCAUUCAUAUGUUCCCGACCCAGUUGGCCAUAAUAUCCAAACACAUCCUUCGUUUUCUCAAGGAAACCAAAAUCCAGUUCCACCUGGCUCAUUUUCGAUGCAAAGUACGUACCUUCUACAUAUCCGUUCAUAAAUGUAUUGUAACAAUUGAUAUAUACAUAUGUAUAUUUCCUCACAUAAGAUUGAUAUACUAAAUAGUACAGAGUAUAUCUCGUUGAUAAUCGGUUCGGAUGUUUAGUUAAUUUAUUUUAGCUCCAUUGCUCCCGUAUCACUUCAUAAUUUAUGCAUGCAAUCGCAUGUUAUGCGUAUAUGGACAACAGAUAUCGUGAUGAUUCUAUAGUCACUUCAGAAUAUAAGUUCAGCGGAGUCCACUUUGCGACUAAUAUAUUUCCACCGUAUGAGGUUUUGCUCUGACGCGUGCUUCUGAUUUCUAGGGUAUUGGAUAAUGAUAUUUAUUAGAAAUGGUAAUUAAACUUUAUUCAACCCACAAUAAAUAAUUAUGAUCACAUUUAUUUUUCGAGAUACUUAUAGGGCUCAGCAAAUCCUCAUCUGGGAUACAAGGACAAUUUUUGAUUGCUCCACUUGCAAUCAAGUUGUCCAUCAAGGAGUUUCAGUCAAUUAAGUUUAUUUAUUUGAACACAAAUAUUGAUACAAGGGGGCACCAGAUACAUAUGCGCCACACAAUAAUAAUGAGAAUGGGAAGAGAUAAAGAAUGUAAGAUGCGUAUGAAAAAAAGAAUAAUAACGACCGCAAAUUAGUGUAUGGUAGUGGAAUAAUAAUAAGGGAAACAGAAAGGUACAACCAGAAAGAAUCCUUUCAGUUAAAGAAGUUACGGUCCCUUUUUCUGAAGAAAAUAAAAGGUUACAGCAGGGUUGCCACUAGCUUCUAUUCUGAGCCAUGUCUGGUAACGUCUCUAGCCACUGCGUUGCACCAUCUCUAGGACCCCAACCAGGGAGUCGUGAA